AUGUAUGGAAUUGACUGUAAAUUUGACUUUGAAUUGGAGGAUGGGUUUAAUGCUGGAGAUGGGACGAGGUUCUUCGUUAUCUCCAGCUCCCGAACAAACGACAUCCUCAAUCUUCCUUCUACCUCAAACGUUGCUCGAGACGCAAAUGACGACGGCAGCUCAGGAGAAAUACCAAUCUCAAUUCUCUACCCGUAUUUUGACAAGAAUCACCAUUCCUUAUAUGUGAACACAAAUGGAGUUAUCUCAUUUCUGGUUGCAGUGAGUCAAUACACCCCAGCUCCAUUCCCCCUGGGGGACAACCGACGUCUUAUUUCGCCAUUUUGGGGUGACGUGGACACCAGAAAAGGGGGAACUGUAUUAUACAGGGAGUCUAUUGACCCUGUAUUGCUGGAACGAGCUACAAAGGAUGUUCGACGGGCAUUCUUAAAUCACCAGAGAUUCUCAGCCUCGUGGAUCUUCAUAGCGACCUGGGACAGAGUGGCAUUCUUUGGAGCUGAAGGAGACUUUAGAAACAAGGUCAACAACUUUCAAGCAGUGCUGGUUACAAAUGGACGUCAUUCAUUUGCCAUAUUCAAUUACAAUCAAAUCGUAUGGACAACUGGUACAGCUAGCGGAGGGACUGAGGACGGAUUGGGCGGUACGCCUGCUCAGGGCGGGUUUAAUGCUGGAGAUGGGGUGAGGUUCUCCAUUAUUCCUGGCUCCCGAACAAAUGACAUCCUUAAUCUUACUUUCACCUCAAACGUUGCUCGAGACGGUCAGUGGAUGUUCCAAACCGAUGAAGCAAGUGUGGAAGCUGGGGGAUGUAACACAAAAGGAUCUCUCACCAUAUCACCCCGAUCUGGGAUUAUGUUAGGAGGUAAAUGGCAUCAGAAGGAACCUAAUCCAGACACAUUCAGAGGGGAUCCCAGCAUGCAGCCAUGCCCUUUGAGGUUGACUCAGGCUAUGGUAGAUCGCGGGCGCUUCAUGUCUGAUGAGGAAUGCAAUCCCCAAAAUCGCGAUGGAUGUGAUCGAUACCACAAGGGAGCUUUCCAGUGUUUUUUAAUGGUCAAUCCCAGUGCCACAGGCUCUGGUCAGCAGUGCUGCUUUAACAAGUUUGGAAACUUAAUGGUGGGCCAACCAGACGCGGGGUCCCUUGACCGCGUUCAUCCUAAUGCUGGUCUCCCUGUGAUAUCCCAUUUCUUCCAUGAUAAGGUGCCGUACGAAGACUGCUGCCGCAACUCUAAGAAUUGUGAAAAGUACUUUGAGAAGCGGCCUUCAGACGACGGCUCAAGAUAUCAAGCACCAAGACCCGGGGCGUAUGGAGCCUCUAUUAGCAGACGAUGGAUCGCCCUCAAAAGCCACAGUAUACACGGCAUUUGCAGCCAAAGAAAAUGGAUCAGACGUUGUACAGAUCCAGUUGAAUGGUCGUGGCUUAGUGGAUGUUUUGGUGAAUGGGGAAAGAGUUGAUUUUGAUGAGCUCUCCCUCCUGGAAUUCACCGGAGUCUCUGUGUUGUAUUACACCAACACUACUAAAUAUUCCGUUAUUUUUAACUCCGGCAUCUCCGUGACAGUUGAAGGGCAGCAAGAGUUGCUUGGUCUCGUGACUUUGGUACC